AUGUCCUACGCUGCAGGAGUGUCAAUGUGAACUUCUUAUAAUGGCAUCUGUCGUGGGCCCCGUUGUUUUCGGGGGUCUCUUCGACCCUGUCACUGCUUCCUGAAUUAUCGCGUGCCCCUUACCCCUAAUGUUUGUUGUUUAGUUCACCACAAGAUCGCGAGUGGAGACUCGGACCGUUCAGUAGACCCGUUAACAUCGACACCAGCAGGCUUGGUGCGACGAUGUUGUCGACGGAAUUGCAAGACGACGAGGGGGUGAGGGUGCUCGGGCGACAAAACAACAAGGCACCAUGUCCAAACGGGAAUGGGACAACCUUUGGCACAUUUCAAGAGUUUACUGCUUUGUGCGAUACGAACCUCAAUGGGGAUUUCCUCGACAGAAUCGACGCCUUCGACUUCACAACAUGCGUUGAUCUUUGCUCGUCGUUCCACCCAAAAUGCGAGGGCGCCUCAUUCGACGGAUCACGAUGUACUCUGAGGAACAAUUUGCGGGCCGAUAACCAACGCUUCUCAAGAAGAAGCGAAUCGGCCAUCGCCAGUUUCCCAGGCGCGAGCUCGAACUGCGUGACACUGGGCGGAGCGCAGGAUGCCCUCGGGACUCGUUUCACCACCAUGUGCGGGUUCAUCAUAAACGGCAACGACAUGGGACAAAACUUUGCGCCCACUUUCCAGGACUGCCUGGGCCAGUGUGCGGCCACGACGGGUUGCGCGGCGAUAUCCUUCGACCCAAGCCAAGACCUCGGGUUCAAGAACUGCUACCUCAAAACAGCCGUGGGCAACCCGAGGGCCAUCGCUGCGGACCGGCGCACCGAUUCCGCCUUGGUAGCUGCUGCCGAAGACGAUUCUGAUUCCUCGUCGGCUGCUGCUCCCCCUACAAGCUCACCAGAGCCAUCAUCGGAACCAUCGCCGGACCCAUCUCCAAGCAACCCGGGCGUAUCCACCAUCCCGCUCUCAUCCGCGGUGCCAGCCGGCGGCGGCGGCGUCGUCUUCUUCACCCCACCGCCCGGCGCCAGCACAACACUCAUCCCAUCAACACUACCAGCCACAUCACUCCCGGCACCAGCAACAACCAACCCCGUCACCGACGCCCUCUCCUCAUCCCUCGCCACCACACCCCCUUUCCCCUUCCCCUUCCCCAGCUCCAGCAGCAGCACACCCCCCCUCUCCUCUUCGGAAGCAGCCCCCGACUCAGCAGCAGGCCAGGGCGCCGCCGCCGAGGUGACGAGCAUGGCGUGGGUGGCGGCGCCCGUCGUCGGGGGCGUGGCCGCCGUGGCCCUGGUCGCCGUCUCGUUUGUCUUGCUGAGGCGCAGGCGCCGCGGCGGCGCUGCGAGCGGCGGUGGUGAGGGUGAGAACGAGAAGCAGGGCGGGUCCUUCGGUGGUGGUGGUGGGUUGCCGGGCUGGUUGGCUGCCUGGCUGCCGGCGUCGUGGGCGUCGUCGUCGUCGCCUGGGGGUGGGGAGCGUGGGAGGGGGAGGGGGAGGCGGAUGACGGGGAUGGGGAAUUUCUCUGAGGUGGAGUCGGGGAGGAGGGGGAGUGUGGAGGUGAGAGGAGUGGUGAGGGAUAGUGUGGUUGGGUUUGUGACGGGUAGGCCGAUGGGGAUGGAGAGGUUGGAGGAUAUUGAGGAGGGUGACGCGGGUGGUGCGAGUGGGAGUGGGAGUGGGGAGGGGAAGGGGGUGAAGAAGGAUGGUGUGUCGGCGGCGGCUGAGGGUAAGGCGGGGAGGUCGACGGAGUUGAGGGCUAGUUUUAAUGGGUUGGGGCAGAACAAGUGGUCGCAGUAGGGAAGUACACAGUAGUUGGGUGUUGAGCGGGAGCUCAUGGGCUAGGGUUAGGGUAUGUGUUGUUGGAUAUUCCACUUGGAGUUGAGGGAGAGCGUUGGGAUACCACCACGGCGAUGUUUAGUUGACUUCC